ACAGUCCCAUCGGUGAGAUCAGGAAGGUGCAGCCAUAUGGUUCCAGGCAGCGGUGAUAUGGGUGCCUUAUCAGAUCACCGGGAAAAACACGGCUGAUGGGGCGGCAUUAUAUCGGGGGACAAUGUCUGGAACCGACGAUUUUUCGCUGGCGGAUGCCUUAGCAGAUACUACUCCUGCCAAGUCAAAGAAUGUAAGCAACCCAAAAGAUGGUCAGCAACCAGGUGGCUGGUCUGCAUCAAACCCUUGGGGCACAAAUCCAAGUGCUCCUUCUGCCCCUGGUUUCACACCAUAUGGACAAGGCCAAGCAGGAGGACCAUAUUCUAGUGGUGGAUCUGGAGCACCAUCUCAACCAUAUCCAUCCGGACCUCAGCCACAAGCUCCAACACAGCCAUAUCCAUCUGGAGCUCCAACACACCCAUAUCCAUCCGGACCUCAGCCACAAGCUCCAACACACCCAUAUCCAGCUGGAGCUCCAACACACCCAUAUCCAUCCGGACCUCAGCCACAAGCUCCAACACACCCAUAUCCAGCUGGACCUCAGCCUGGAGCACCAUCCCAACCAUAUGCAGCUGGACCUCAGCCUGGAGCACCAUCCCAACCAUAUGCAGCUGGAUCUCAGCCUGGAGCACCAUCCCAACCAUAUGCAGCUGGAUCUCAGCCUGGAGCACCAUCCCAACCAUAUGCAGCUGGAUCUCAGCCUGGAGCACCAUCCCAACCAUAUGCAGCUGGAGCCCCAACACACCCAUAUCCAUCUGGACCUCAGCCUGGAGCACCAAGUGCACCUUCAGGUCCUGCUGGGCCUUAUCCAGGGGCUGCACCCGGUCAACAGCCUUCUGCACCAAAUGCCCCACAACCUGCUGGACCUACUGGACCCUAUCCAGGAGCCCCUGCAGGACAACAACCAAAUCCACCAAAUGCCCCAUACUCUUCUGGACCCUACCCAGGAGCGCCCACUGGGCCACAAGGAGCUCCAACUGGGCCCUAUCCUAAUGCACCUGGGCAAUAUCCUUCAGCUCAGUAUCCUUCUGGGCCUGCUGGAAUGCCAGGACCCUAUUCCAACCCUUCUGGGGCAUCAAGUCAACCAUAUCCAAGUGCACCAGGUCAAGGCCCCUCACCAGGUGGAUCUUAUCCUGCUCCUUAUGGUCAGUCAGGUCCUGCAGGAGCUGGCCAGGGCGGGCCUUGGGAUUCUAAUCCAUGGGGAUCUCAGAGUGGCCAGUAUCCAUCAAACCCAAAUAUGCCAUACCCAGCCUCCAGUCCAUUUCCAAAUCCUGGAGCUGCAUCAUCCAUACCAUGGGGUGCUGUGCCUCCAGGUCAGUGGGGGCCAUCUGCUCCAUUUCCUGGAGCUGGUGGAUCCUACCCUAAACCAGGCUCAUAUCCAUGAAGCUGUCUGUUCCAGUGGCUGACCCCAGAACCCACCCUAAUUUCCCAGAAUUAAAAAGAAAAGCUCCAAAGCCCCUCAUGAACCCAGGCCAUCGUACGACCUACACCAGAACUGAUCAGCCGAUAGAAAUCUGGAGGAUGUCUUCUAUACGCGGGUGACGCGGCCGCUCCUCCGGAUUCAUUAUACGGACAAUGUUUCGCUUUUUCUACCGAUACAAGGAAAUAUAUUUACACGCAGGUUAUGUGGAAGCCUCUUUUUGUAAUUUUUGUAUACUUUGUUCUUCUUUUGCCUCACAAGCAAUAUUCUUACCAGGGGAAUGUCACCUAAAUUCUGUAAAGUAUAACAUGGUGGGGGGGGUUCAAAAAAACGAUGCAAGAUGCCUUGGGUGCUGCUCGAAAUGAGCCCUUUCUGUUAUGUCUAUUUUGGACAAACUCUUUUCCUUAGGGAGCAUGCACACAAAUGUCUGUUCACUGGAUCCGCAAAAAAACGGAAAUGACUCAGUGUGCAUUCUGGUUCCUUAUGUCCGCACCGCCAAAAAAGAUUAUAUUAUAGAAUAUGCAGACAAGGAUAGGCAUUAUUACAACGGAUGAAAUACGGAUGUCACAUGGACGUCAUCCGUAUCUUUUUGCGGAUCUGUGUUAAGUAUAUAUAUAUAUAAGUAUAAGAAGAUUUCAUGGUGUCCUGCGCCACCACAGGGGAAAUAAAGCACUACACAGCGCCCAUUGCAAUGAAUUAACAAUUGCGUAUCUAUUAGAUGGGGGGGGGGGUCAUCCCCAGUAAUAUAGAAUACCGUAAUAUGGUAUUUGAGCGUAUGAUGGCAGAUUUCAGGGGAAAGAAGGAUUGGGCUGCUGAACUGCAGCAUGCCCAAUCGUUUUGUGAGCAAGGGAGAUAAUUUGCUGCCAGAGGAUUCUGGCAGCAGCUCAUAACCUUUCCCUUAAGGCUUGUUCACGCAAACGUAUGGGUUCCGCAAUUUGUGGUCCCCAAUGCACGGAGAACGUUCGUGAAGGCUCCGGGACGGAUCCAGACCCAUUCCGCAAAAAGAUAGAGCAAGUUUUAUCUUUUUGCGGAAUGAAAGUACGGAACGAUACCCCAUGGAAGCACUCAGUAGUGCUUCCGUAGCGUUCCGUACCUCUUGAUUUGCGGACCUAUUGAAGUGAAUGGGUUCCGCAUCCGUAAUUGACACGGACAGUGUCCUUGUAUUGCGGAUCUGCAUAUGCGGUCUGCAAUAUGGAAAUGGAACACAUACAUUCGUGUGAACAAGCCCUUAAUGAGAAGACAUGCAUGCUCGGCUGAGGAAGAGGGGGGGGGGGGGGCGCCAGCUUUCUGAUGUGUAUUUUCAUAGUAUUGGACAAAACAAAUUUUGCUUGAGUAUUUUUCAGUGGUGCCAACUAUUUCCCCUCCCUCUAUAGGAAUUACAGGGGUUGAUUUAUAGCGCUGCUCAUUUCAAUUAGUUGUAUCUAGUAUUGUAGCAUUCACUUGAAUGGGCUGCAAUACCAGGCACGGCCACAAGAGGCGCGAUUUCUUUUUUGUUAAUUUCGGAUGGCUCCUUUAACACAUGUACGGUUGUGAUGCCUGGUACUCUCCCCACCCCCAUAUAAAGAUUUUUUAUUUUUCCUACAAUAUGUUACCUAAGAUCUUCUGUGGGUUGCUGGCAGGAUCACUUCUAUCACAAAUAAGUAUUUAUUGUGUGGUUGUCAGAGGUUUGCACGUUGUAUUAUACUAACCAGGGUGAUUUAUUGCUUAAUAUUCUUUAUAUAUUUCAGAAUUUAUUAUAUUUUUUUCUUUCUUUUUUUGGGAAUAGUUGUAGAAGACUUCAGCAUUUAUGGCGUUUGCACUGAUUUUUGUAAUAGAAAUUCAAUAAAGAUGAGGAUAUCAGUGAAUUUUAAUAUAUAUAAUAAAGGUAUAAGAAUCUGGCAUGAAAUUC